CGGAAAUUGAAGUAGAAAAUGUCACAUAUCAAAUCUGUUGGAAUAUUGACUUAAAUUAAGGGUUUGGAGACUAUUGGAUCGCCUAAUCGUUUUAUAUAUAGAAAUUCGGAGGCCAGGUUACUAGGGAGAUGUCAGAGCUCCAGGCAACCGUUGAAUUCUCCGUGGAGCUGGGCAAGUUCUACAAUGUGGACCUGUUCCAAAGAGGGUAUUACCAGAUAAGAACCUCAUUAAAGACACCACCUAAAUCCCCCAUCAAGGUAGAAGUAAGCCAACCAAGGAAUUCAGAAUGCAAACUUGUCUUCCCAGCAUGCAUCAUCAAUGGUGUAGCCGUGAGCAAAACUUUCCAGAUUCUAUACAGAAACGAAGAUGUCACCGUAAACGAUGUUAUCAUGUUCAAAGUACAUAUGCUGGUAGAUGCUAAUGAGAUUGAGAAAAGUAUAAUGAGAGCUGAACUACUGCUAUCUGUGGAUCUCUGGUUUACGGAUGAAGAGUUUGGGCUGGACCAGCAGGACAAGUUGCAAUGUAUCAGCCAGAGAACCAUCAAGCUUCACUUCUCUCCAAGGAAAGGUCUGCACCAUCAUGUCCAGGUGUUAUUUGAUUACUUCCAUCUGUGCUGUAUCUGUGUCACCAUUCAUGGUACUCUUGUUGCUCUGCAUCAGCCUUAUAUCAGCAAUGAUUUAUGGAAGCCAAAAGAAGUUCCAAAGCAACCAAAGUCUGCCUGGGCCAACAAGGCAGAGAAUUCAACGCUUGAAUCUGUUCUUUUUGGAAACAAAGCUACAUCAGCUGGGACUACAUUUUCGCGACUCCAAUAUGCAUACAAGAUACACAGGAAUGUCUGUCACAUGCUGUUGUCAGCCUAUGAGAGUUUACAAACAUCCUAUGCAACACUCAUUGAAAAAUUACCUAAAAGACAGCAAAUUAAGCUUGCGCAUGUAGACUGCCAUGCUAAAUUAGAGAUGAUGUCAGAAUUAAUACAGAGGCACAAUACAGAUGAAGAUGUACUCCAGACUGCAACCAGUGAUACAUCAACAUUGUGUGCUGAGAAUGUGAUAUUGUGGUCCCAAUACCUUGAGAUUCUCUCCCUUAAUGAUUGCAUCGCUAAACAGCUUGCUUCAGAGCAUCACACUCAAAGAAUAAAGCGAUUUUCAGAAUCGUUUUUUACGCUAGAAACCUCAAAACACCAGAUGUUGGCAUGCUUUGAACCAAGUGUACAUGGCCAUACAGACUUAGCUGCCAUUGUUAAGGCAUCAGACUAUUUCCAAAAUUUACCGCCUCUUAUAGCUGAGUGCGAGGAACUAGAUGGAGAUUCAGAAACUCUGCCAGUCAUAUUUGAGGAUAUUUAUACGGACCUCACAUCAAAUGCAAUAAUAGUGUCCACCAGCGAUACAGAAAUUGGCAAUUCCAAAGUACGAUCAGAUAGCAUGAAAUCAGAUAGGACGCAGAAAUCCACAGACAGUUCUAAUUCGAUUGGCACCAAUUCAUCAAGCCCAAAAUCACAUCGAAAAUCCAAAGCAAAGAAAAAAUUUAUCAAAAAUAUGAAACCAGAAACAUUAAAAAGGCCGUCAUAUUCAUGUACCGAAGCUGAAAACCGAUACAAGCCAGAUAAAAAGGAUGUGAAUUUGGUUGGCUAUCGUAAACUCAAAUCAGAUGAUGAUAUUGUACCAGCCAUGGCUGAGAAUCCUAUCCAAUUAGGUACAUUAGUGCAAGAAAAACCAAAUGUAGGAUUGUUUAAAAGACCAUCGGAUCCUACGCCUCAUCGUAAUGUGGAAAAAUCGUUAUCUGCAACAAUUUUACAAGCAAGGACUUCUUUAGCAAUUCACAGUGAAUCCAUGCCAGAGUUAUCGGCAAAUGUUCCAAAACAUGCUAUAAGAUCCGAAUAUGCAAUGGCCAUGGAGAAUCCCUUCAGUACAUCUGACUCUUACCUAGUAUCAGAUGAUAGCAUUAUCGGAGUUAAAAAAUCUGACUUUACAGGCACACAAUCCACUCAGUCUAGUCCAGGGGGCCCCACACAUAGAAAACAAUGUGAUAUUACAAUGCAUUCUAGCCCCUCACGGUCCAGCACCCGUAGCAUUGAUUCAAGGACUAGUGAUGUCACAAAAAAUACUGAUAAUAAUGAGAAAAGUGCAUAUUCGCAUCUAGCUGAUGAUAUAACCAAAGCCUUAGCAGAGACUGAUUCAGAUGAUCAUUUAACAUAUGAUGAUGUCACAGAUAAUCACAGGUACGCUAGUCAUAGUACGUUCACCUCAGGGAUCGUUAGUGAUGAGCAAUCUAGUAGAGAGACACUCCCGGGAGAUAGCACUCAGAUGACGCCUGAUGUGAUAACAGGUAAUUCAUCCAACCCUAACCCCCAGGCAGAUGCCAUCGCUCAUGUCACACCCACCCACUCAAGUACUGAAGACACGGGGGAAAAUAUGACAAUAUUUGAACUGCUUAAAGAUGAAUAUGAACGAUCAAAAUCAACAAAGAAAAAAAGUCCAAGCCCUAGUGCUGAUUCGCAGAGCUCAAAAUCAUCCCUAUCCAAUGGAGAAAUGUACAAUGUCCCUAAUGGCUUCGACGGUCCUGUAGUAAUGAGACAUAAGAGUAGACUAGACCCAAGGGGUAGUCAACCUAUUAUCACCCAGCCCCAGACCAGGGUCCCAGGGGGGUCACGUAUGCACCAUUCCAAGUCCACACCUGAGCUAGGGGCACUGGCUGACUACAGGAAGAGACAGAGACUGGUGUCAGUUGUAGGAGAUAAAACCAUCAAUUUCAUAACUGCCAAGGAGGAGCUUCGCAAUACACUUCAAUAUGGGGGUCACUUUUACAGUGAUUUCCCCAGUGUGGCAUCAACAUUGCCAUACCUUUGGCCAGCAGAGUCCCAGCAGAGCAAGGAUGAUGGGGUACAUCUCAUUGUAUGUGUCCAUGGCCUAGAUGGGAACUCCCAGGACCUAAGAUUGAUCAGGACAUACCUUGAGAUGACCCUACCAGGAGAAAGGAUCGACUUUCUGAUGUCCGAGAAAAAUCAGCCAGAUACAUUUUCUGACUUUGACACAAUGACUGACAAACUUGUGUCUGAGAUACUCUACUAUAUCGACAUGUAUGGAAUCAACCCUACUAGGUUAAGUUUUGUUGGUCAUUCUCUUGGGAACAUCAUCAUCAGAUCUGCUCUGUCUAAGCCUCAGCUAGCCCACCUUGUGCCUCGUCUCUACACGUAUCUCUCCCUUUCUGGACCUCAUCUUGGCAAUCUCUAUAACAACAGUGGACUCGUCAAUAUGGGAAUGUGGUUUAUGCAGAAGUGGAAAAAAUCUGGUUCCUUGCUCCAACUUUCAUUGAAAGAUCACUCAGACAUCAGACAAUCCUUCCUCUAUAAACUCAGUCUCAAGCCAGGUCUGGAAUACUUCAAGCAUGUUCUCCUCGUAGGGUCAACUCAGGAUCGUUAUGUGCCGUUCCACUCUACACGCAUAGAACUGUGUCGCUCAGCUAUCAAAGAUAACUCAGUAUUUGGGGCUGUAUAUUCAGAGAUGGUCACGAAUAUCCUCCAACCAAUACUAAUGCAGCCAGAUUGCAAACUCAUCCGUUACGAUGUUUUCCACGCUCUGCCAAAUACUGCAAACAGCUUGAUAGGACGAGCGGCGCAUAUCGCUGUCUUAGAUUCAGAAAUAUUCAUUGAGAAAUUCAUCACUGUAUGUGGGCUCAAGUACUUCAGAUAAUACUUAGUGUCUUGGAUAUGUUAUACCAGAAAGUCUUUCAAUUGUAUAUAUUAUAUGAGAUUACUGUCAUGCAUCAGCUGAAAGGACAUCUAUAUAUUCGGAUGUAGAUAUUUUCAAAGUCUAGAACACAUUGAGAUUAAUACAUAGAUCUUGAUAUGUUUUUAUGACACGUUGACUGUUUAUCUUUGUUACUUAGAGACAAACUUCGAUAUAUCUCAUGAUAUGGGGCCAGUCUUUAGAUUUAAAGAAAAUUACAGAAUCAAAUAUUUAGAUAAUAAAUUUAAUGUUUGCUUUUGGAAAGACAAUAAUACCCUGGAUCUGGUUGUUAAAUAUGAAGUGCUUUUAUUUCAUUGAUGAUUGUAAAAGUAUUCUUGUGACAGUUGUCGAGUGUGUUUUAAAUGUACCGGUCCACCUCUUUACAAUAUACUGUAUAAGUGGUAUUUAAUCUGAGUGGUUAAUUUGCGGAAUGCUCAAAUUUUAUCACUUUCCUAAUUCUAAUUUUCCUAAUGACAAGAAAAACUUUCUAUUGGAUAACAUAACAUUAUGAAGACAAUAUUUCCGACAUUUAAUUUUCCGAGCCUGGCAAAAAUUAGGCAAUAGGCAAAUUAAAUGAUCAG